AAUAUUUUUUGUCUUGCUUGCUAUUUUUUAUUGGUUCCUCAUUAUUUUUUUUACUUUUUCCUUUGUAAAUCGGCAAUUUGAACACAGUUCUUCGACGAGAGGUAUUUGUAGAAAUCACAAAUGCACAAUAAUAAAGAAAAUACUAUAACGACGAAUAAAGCGUCAAUCAUUGGACUGGGCUAUUAAAUAUCAAUGAGAAUUUGUCCUACCUUUUUAUUUGACCAAAUUGAAAAACUCAAAUUGGUGGUCAAAGUUUAAGCUAAACUAAAAAUUUAAAGAAAGCAAUUAAUGAAUUUCAUAACUUUGAUUCAAAAAAAUAUGAUGAAACAAUUGUAUUGGAAAUCAUGAUUACCACAGUUUGUCAAGUUUAACUUCGCUGGACAAUAUCUUAUUCAUGUUUCAUAUUAUGUUUACUUCUUACACAUCAGUGACCACGUAGUGAACCUAGGUUUGGGUUUAUUCGAGGGUUUCGACUAUAAUGCUUGCCAAAAAUAAUUUUGUGAUUACCUGUUCACAUACUUAUCGUUGUGUUUAUAUGGACUUCUAAACGUGUUUACUCAUGUUAUUGCAAGAGAAUACAUUAUGGAGGAAAUGCACAACAAGCUUGCUGAUGUUGAAGCAGAAUUUGAUGAUGAGAAAUUGGAAAGCCCUGUUAACAUUGUCGAAGGUGAAACCUCAGUGGGAGAGAGAGAUAGUACCUGCUGUAGGCAUGAAGUUCAAGGAUGUAGAGGAAAUGUUGAACUUCUACAAGAAAAAUGCUUAUGUCGUUGGUUUUCCAGUAAAGAAAAGAAAUUCGAAAUGGGGGGUUGACGGAGAAAUGAGAUAUGUGACGUUGACCUAUAGUCGUAAAGGUGGAAGAAUUGGUAAUACUGGUUGUUGUUCAAAGCCACAACCCACUAUUCAAAUGAGUUGUAGAGCAAGGAUAUCAGCAUCUUCUAAUAUAUUUGGAGUCUGGAGAAUUAACAAUGUCCACCUUGACCACAAUCAUGAAACAAGUCCUUCAAAGUCCAGACUAUAUCGACGCAACCGACAAUUGAGUACCCAUAUGAAAUGCAAACUUCAAGUUAAUGAUUUGGCAGGAAUCCCAUUGCAUAAAAGUUACAAUUUUGUAGUUGUAGAAGCAGGCGGUUAUGAUAAAAUGAGUUGUGCGGAAAAUGAUUUUAGAAAUUAUAUUGAACAAGUAUGGAGAUUAAGACUUGGAGAAGGGGAUGCUAUAGUAAUACAAUCCUACUUUUGCAAAGAGCAAGUGCAGUACUCAGGAUUUUACUUUAGCAUGGAUUUGGAUGAUGAAUUGCGGCUUAAGAAUGUAUUUUGGGCAGACAAUCGUAGUAGGCGGGCAUAUAUAGAGUUUAGUAAUAUUGUUACAUUUGAUACAACCUACCUAACAAACAAGUACGACAUGCCAUUUGCCCCCUUCGUUGGUGGUAGUCAUCAUGGGCAAUCAACACUGCUUGGUUCUGGAUUGGUGUCGAACGAAGACGCUAAUACUUUUUUCUGGUUUUUCAGUGCAUCUUCAAUGUAUGCAUGGCAUUGCCCCUCAAGGAAUUAUUACCGAUCAAGACAGGACAAUACAAAAUGUAAUUCAGAUAGUUUUUUCCAACACAAAACAUAGAUGGUAUUUGUGGCACAUUCUAAAGAAGUUGCCUGAAAAAUUUGGAUACCAUGAGGAUAAAUCUAGAAUAUUUCGUUCUAUACAUCAAUUCGUUUACGAUUCAUAGUUUGUUAAAAGAAUUCAAAGAGGGCUGGGCAACAAUGAUUGAUACGUUUGAUUUGCAUGAUAACGAGUGGUUGUCUGAACUUUAUAAGAAUAGAGGUCAUUUAGUACCUUGUUUUUUGAAGACUACUUUUUGGGUAGGCAUGUCUACCACAUAAAGAAGUGAAAAUAUGAAUGCGUUCUUCGACGGAUAUGUGUAUUCCAAGACAUCCUUGAAACAGUUUGUUGAACAAUAUGAAUGUGCAUUGCGGAAUAAGGUUGAGAAUGAAUUCUAGGCCAAUUUUAAGUCAUUUUCACAAAUGGUACCAUGUGCAAGACAAUACGAAAUGGAGCAACAAUUGCAUUUAGUGUACACCAUUUCUAAAUUAAGGAAAGCACAAAAAAAAUGAGUUUAUGAGGAAAGUUUACUGAGACCUUAUCUCCAGUUCGGAGGAGAACUUCAAUACGACAUAUGAGGUACGGGAGGAUGUUAAGAAUGAGGGGUGACGGACGAAUUUUUUUUUUCGUCCCAUUCGAGAAAGAAAAGUGUGAAGUUGUAUGUAGUUGCCACUUGUUCGAAUUUCGGGGAAUAGUUUACCGCCAUGCAAUCGCAGUAUUGAUUCGUAGUGACAUCCUUUUACUUCCAGAAAGGUAUAUACUUCGAAGAUGGAAGAGAGACGUUAGUAGAGCACAUGCAAGGGUCCCAGUAAACUACGAUGGUUUGGUUUGUUCUCCUGAACAGUUGAGGUACGAUGAGGUGUGUCACGCGUUUGCACAAGUGGCAGACCUUGCUGCCAAUGGCGAAGGGCGAGCACGUGUGAUUAUGGAUUGGAUAAAACUUCAGGCUGAAGACUUGAUGAUAUUAAAAAAGGUCAAGUAGUGGAAGUAACGUGCUCUCACAUCACACUAUUCAGGGAGUCGAUGAGUGUACAAAAAUGUGAAAUAAUGCUAGCGUGAACAUACGAGAUCCGACAUUGUCUAAAAGAAAAUGAGCGCCUAGGAAAUUACCAAAAAAAGGCCCGUUGGAGUCCAUUUCAAACAAAGCUAAGAGAAGUUAGGGAUCAACGAAAGGAAAGAGACCAGUGCGAGGCUUAGUGACAUGCAAGAAAGUCCUCAUGAUACUCAGCAAGCAACCCAACAACAGCAUUCCAUGCCGACGCAAUUCCAAUCAUCACAAUAUUCCAUCGCGACACCGUUCCAGCACAUUGGUGUCUUACCGACUUCAAGUUUGAUACAUCUAUCCUCAUCAAAUGUUAUAUAUACAUCACAAGAUUCAUGUAUUGUAGGUCAAACUAUGUCGUACUACAUUUCACAUUUACAAGAUCGAGGAGGCUUCGACAACUGAUCUUGGUUUAUGAUAUGACAUGUGAACAACAGUAGUGGCUUCAUGAAGAUGUCAAUUGCGGAUGAGUGUUGUCGUUAAGUUAGAUUCUAUUUUGUUUAUGCUAUGAUGUUUUUAACACUUGAACUAUAUCCCACAACAUAAUCUUACUUUUAGUUGUAAAGUGGCAGUGUACAUUCCACUAUUAGUUGUAGUAAAAGGCAGAAUCAUUAAUCUUCCUUUUGUAUGAAUUUUUCGCUUUACUA